AUGGCUAUCAGGAAAGGAUUAGUCUGGGACGGAACUGAAAAUAAGUUUAAAGGCUAUGUCGAUACUGGCACAAAUGUCUUCGACGAUAGUUUGCCUUUAGCCACUCAGGCGCACUCUAGAAACGACGACCAUUCCAAAGACGAAGAAAAGACGGAGCAGCUUGACAACAGGCCGAAGCUCUUACAAAAGGUGCUGCGAACGCGGCCGGUGAGCAUGGUGGUGCAGUGGAGCGAGGUGCGCACGGCUUGGCAGGACAGCGACUUCAUAACGGAGUGCCUGUGUUGGCACAACGUGUACAGGCAGAGGCACGGGGCGCCGCAACUGUACAUGGCGCCCGAGCUUUGCGACUACGCUCAGGCGUGGGCCAACCAUCUUGCCCACACGAAUAAGUUCCACUACAGAAAUGAUCGCGAUGUUGGACAGAAUCUCUAUCAGCGGCCAGUCAGCGCGUUGCAACCUGACGUCACCGGUCAAGAAGUGUCUUCAUAUUGGUAUGCAGCAGUUCGUCAAUACCAUUUUUUCAAGGAACCAGACGUACUACACGCUAACGUCAACGCAGGACACUUCACGCAGAUGGUUUGGGUGGCGACCCGGUUUUUCGGCGUGGGCAAAGCGCGCUCAAGGGCGGGCAAGGUCAUCGUGGUGGCGAACUACUCUCCGCCGGGCAACUUGUCGGGACAGUUCGAGACGAAUGUACUGCCUCCGCUGCCCGACAACCUUCCCGAGCUCGCCCCUCCACCGGUUCAC